GUGGAGCUCCUGGCCCCACAGGAUGUCAGUGUGUUCUACAGCUCCACUAAUCCGUACAGGCUUCCAUCAUGGAGUAUCUGCAAUGGAGGUGAUUCAGGAUAUCUUGAUGGGUUAGAAGAAAAAUCAUUUUACUGUCGGAUCAGUUGUGGACAACGGUCUCGGCAGGAAGUAUCUUACCAUCCCUUCCGCCUUACCCCAUACCUGAUCCGUAUACAGACAGAUGCUGAUGGGGGCACUGCAGAGCAGCUGUGCUGUGUACUUUUCGCAGAACGAGUACACUCAGGAUAUGAAGCUCCUCGGAUCCCUGCAGAUAAACGCAUUUUCACAACGACGCACACCCCAAGCUGCCUUUUCCAGGAUGUGGAUGAGAGGGCUGUUCCAUUGUUGGGUUACCUGCCCCAGGAUUUGAUUGGCAGUCCCAUCAUUUUGCACCUGCAUCCCAGUGACCGCCCACUCAUGUUGGCUGUACACAAGAAGAUUCUGCAGUGUGGAGGGCAGCCUUUUGACUUCUCCCCAAUUCGAUUCUGUGCUCGUAACGGGGAAUAUAUUACAGUUGAUACCAGCUGGUCCAGUUUCAUCAACCCUUGGAGUCGAAAAGUUUCUUUCAUCAUUGGAAGGCAUAAAGUCAGGAUGGGCCCUGUUAAUGAAGACAUUUUUACUGCACCACCACACUUAGAAGACCAGUCACUGCAACCUGGAAUUCAAGAGCUCACAGAGCAAAUACAUCAGCUUCUUAUGCAGCCUGUCCAUAACAGUGGCUCCAGUGGAUAUGGAAGUUUGGGCAGCCAUGGUUCGCAUGAAAACCCGAUGAGUGGAGCCUCUUCCAGUGACAGCAAUGGGAACCUUAAUGAGGAUGUGAAAGAGAAACAGGGAACUCCCCCCGUGCGUGGACUAAAGAGACCGCAAGUAUCUACCAGACUAGAAGCAAAAGAUCACCCUAAACUGAAUCUGAAGGUCACCCCUGAAACAGGUGUCACUGUCAAAGGGAACAGAUGCAAUAAAGAUGUCAAUAGCAAGGGCUCUGAAAAGGCUACCUGCCCUGUACAGUGUGACCCGCUACCAGCAAAACAGCCUCCGUACUCUUACCAGCAAAUCAGCAGCCUGGACAGUGUCAUUAGAUACCUGGAAAGCUGCAGUGCUUUAUCCUCUGAAAGAAAAAAAUUUGUGUCACCUGGCGGCAUGGCAUCUUUUGCUUCUAACGAUCAAUUUCAAACGCAUGACCAGAGAGAUUCUAUUGCAGGUCCUGUAGUUAACCCCAAAACUGGGGUGGCAAGCACUGCUCACUGUCUGCAGUCAUCUCUCUCUGGACCUGCCACCACCUGCCAGACUGUACCAGGUUCUUUACCCCAUCCAUCCCUCACUUCCUUGCCUGUUUUUCUGGUACUGCCAUUACACAACUUUCUAUUGGUGCCAAGGCCGAGAGUGUGGUAUCCUUAACCAGUCACUGCAGCUACAGCUACAGCAGCACAAUCGUACAUGUGGGGGACAAGAAGCUGCAGCCAGAGACAGAAUUAGGGUGCCAACAAUGGACCAUCACAUCCUGAGAUUCUGCCUCCUACAGCAGCUAGCACAGAGAGAGAGCCAUACAAACAGCUUGGACUAACAAAGGAAGUUCUGGUGGCGCACACACAGAAAGAAGAGAAUGACUUUCUCAGUGGCUUCAUGGAUAGCAAGAAGAUGAGUGCCUUCCAGACUAGAUGUAAUAGCUACAUGCAUGACCGACCAGGAGGAAAGGAUACUGCUGUCCGGAGAAGUGGAAAGGCGGGAAAGCUAAAGUAAAACGCGUGCGACCAGAAUCAUGGGACAGCAGCAGCUCUGGUUUCGCUCAAGCCCAUCGCCCCCCUCUUCCCGGGCUCAAUACUACAGCUUGGUCCCAGUCUGAUACCUCACAUGCCAGCUAUCAUCCCCUGCCGUAUCCUGUGUUGCCUGCCUAUCCAUUGCCCGUUUUUCCUCCUCCUCAAAUCCCAGUGCCAAAUGAAACCAUUCAUGGUGCGCCCGCCACCACACUCCCAAUGCAGCCUUUCCCCGCUCCAUGCUUUCCCCCAUGGUUGCUCUUGUCCUGCCUAACUAUAUGUAUCCACCUGGGAUUGCGCCCAAUGUUUAUCCUGGCACAGCACCCCAGCAUCCAUUCCCUGUACAACCAUCAUUAUAUGCUCCACAACAGACCAUGACUGCUUCAAAUGCUGCAUUCCCUGUUCCACAGCCUACCUUUACUGUUCCACCGCCAGUAUGUCCAUCUGCACCCCAUGUUUUCCCUGUUCCUCCUCCAUCCUCAGCUCCUUUGUCUACACAGAGCCCGUGUUCUGUGCAGCCCUUCUCAUACCCAGUUCCUCUAAAUGAACCAAAGAUGAAGGAAGGCCUCUCCCGCUCCUCCACCCCACGAGAUCCUCAGUCUCCUCCACUGUUCCAAUCUCGAUGUAGCUCACCCCUACAACUAAACCUGCUGCAGCUGGAAGAGUUCCAGAAGACUGAUCGGUCAGAGGGAGGCACAGGUGGUGCUGUAAACUGUACAUUCAUGCCACAGACCCAUGAAGAUCCUGAACUGCAAGCAAGAUCUCCUGCGGAGGCCCACAACAGUGAUGCAUUGUCCACUGGCAGUGACUUCAUGGAUAUAUUGCUGCAGGAAGAUGCUUCCUCUGCAACUUGUUCUGCUUCCUCUGCAGCAUCAGAGUCUCUCACCUCUGGAUCUAAUGGAAAUGGUACAUCUGGGAGUCAAACAGGGAGCAGUCAGACAAGCCACAGCAGCAAGUACUUUGGCAGUGUGGAUUCCUCCGAGAACAAUCAGAAAGGGAGAGGGUCAACGCCAUCAGCUGGGGAGUCUGUUAUGAAGUAUGUCCUGCAAGACCCCAUGUGGCUGCUAAUGGCAAAUGCAGAUGAAAAUGUUAUGAUGACUUACCAAAUACCACUGCGUGACAUUGAUUCGGUACUGCGAGAGGAUAGAGAAAAGCUGAAAUCUAUGCAGAAACUUCAGCCACGCUUUACAGAAGAUCAGCGCAAGGAGUUGGGAGAGAUUCAUCCAUGGAUACAGAGAGGAGGACUUCCCUGGGCAGUAGAGGGUUGUGUUUUCUGCAAGGAGAAGGGUGCAGAUUGUUCGGAGUACUCAGAGACCAUACAGGAGAUGGAACUCAGUGGAAUUAUGGAAUCGUGUGAUUAA